UAUAUAUACCUCGAAGCAAUGUUAAGUACGAAAAAAGAUGUUUUCUUUUAUAAAUACAAUUAUAUUGUUCAGAGAUAAAUUCUUCUCUUACAUUUUUUUUUAUCUCGAAUUAUAAAAACUAUAUUGUUCUUGAAUGAAUCUAGUUCAGUAGCUAUAGCUUAUCCGUCACAUGAAGCCAUCACACCUGAUGCACCACAUUUAGCUGUUAACAUAGAUCAACCAAUAUUAAUCCAUAAAUAUGUUGUUCACCAAUAAAAUUCAUAUUUGUUAAGGCUAUCUUUGCGAAUUUGGAGAGGGAAGGGGAAGAAAAGACUUUUGAAAACAAAAUUUUAAAAAAUUAUAGGAGAUUAUUUGGCAUUUUUUAAAAAAAUCAUUUUGUUUAGAAUGAUAAAAGAGUCAUUAUUAUUAUUAUUAAAUAUUUAAUUUUUAGAAUAGUAUAACAAACUAAAAUAUAUUUAGAAAAUUUAUUUAAGCCCUCAAAAACCCUCAUUCAAUACAAUUUUUGAGUUUUCCUAUUUUAUGGGGUUUUUGAUGUUAUGAAUAAAAUCAAAUCCUCCAAAACCACCCUCAUACCCAAAAUCUUUUUAUUCUUUUCACCAAAUUAUUCCUAUUUUCUAAAACCCUUCCCUCGCUUCCUCUCCAAACUCACAAACAAAGUCUAAUUGUACCUUUUUCUAUAUUGAGAGGUUAUAAAAUAAUUGAAAUUUUGUAAAAGAAAGAAAGAACGAACUUGUUUGUUGAAUAAGUUUUUUAUGCGAUCUUUUAAUUAAGCGUGGUGAAGGGACAACCCUAACACUUUGGUGUAUUUAAGAGACAUUUGAUAAUAAUUCUAAUUUUAGGAAUAAUUCUUAUUUGGAUUAAGGAGAUGAUCAUUAUAAAUCACAGUGAUAAACUAUUUUUUACAUGCAAAAGGGGGAAAUAUGGUUGAUUUUGUCAAACUUGUUUAUAGUAUGGUUAUCUUUUUUUCCUUAUUUCUUUAUGGAAUAAACGGUGUGGAUUAUACGAGAUGUGUAACUAUUGCAGAUUGUCCCACAAAUAUGUGUCGACCUCAUGAAAUGUUGAAGUGUAAGAACAAGUAUUGUAAAUGUUUAACAGUGUGGACCACAUAUAAGUUUGUGCCCACAUGAAUAUAAGUUUAGAGAUAACGCUAUAACCUUCAUUUUAGGCUUAUUGUAAUUUUUUUCAUUCCUACUCCAUAUAAAAAUAUCUAUUAAAUUGAAAAGUAUUUUUCUUAUCUUAACACAGAUAAAUAAGUUGGGAUAGAGAUGAAUUUUUUUACCGAUGGAAUUUUGACUGUGAUCUCUAAAUGUGAUACGAAUCCAUAUUGCUCUGUAGUUAUCGAUCACCUCUUCAUUCCAUCUCUUAACCACCUCAAACCACUUCUUCCAUCAUACUUCCUCCUCCCCGAAGAUAUCCGACAAAAAACCUUCUUCUGUUUCUUCAAUGAGACACCAGAAAUCUCCCAUUGGAGUGAUUUUUGUUGCAUAAUAACCCUCCAUUUCCAUUAUUGUUUGAAUAUUGACAGUUGAACCGACAACUAUCACCUUCCUUACGUAAGCCCGACGUAACCUCGUUUUAAUUUUCUCCGUUGAAGAGAAAACAAUCUCCGGCGAUUCAUUCACCUCCACACUCGGAACAGAACCUGUUAGUGCAUUAGCAAAAGUUUUGUACACCUUCCUUCCCCGAAAAGCCUCUCCCUCACGCCUCACAACCUGCUGAUGUUUCCCCCUAAACUCAUCCUCCCUCCUCCCACUUACGAUUCUGCAUAUGACCCUGGAGCUUCUCCUAUCAAAUCUGGGUAAAUUGGCAGGUAUCUUUUUUCUCAGGAUAUGAAUAUUGUCCAAUUUAACCGCCAAUAAUCUCAGAUUCACCACCUCAGAAAACCUUGCAAAGCCAAAUCUUUUGCCAAACUUGUUUCGUCUCUGAGAGAUAGCCACCUCCACGAUGUUGCCAUUGCACCCGAAUAACUCAAAUAACUCCUUUGCCUUCAUGUGGUCUGGAAACUCAGAAUAGUAGAUCGAGACCAGUUCCUCUCUGUUGCCUAGAAAAUGCAUUUUCCCGACUGGGUAGGAGUCCCAUUGUAGAACCCACCCUCGAAAAGCCUUCUUCCUCGCUUCCACCCACCCUCCUUGCUGAAUAAUAGGGCCACCGGACAUGGGGAGUCGGAAACCCUUACCCCUCUUUUUCAAAAUCGCCUCCACGCGAAAAAAAUUUAUACUACUAUUUAUAAUGAUAAUUACAAUAUAUAAAUGGCGGUGGAGGAUCUUACAAGGGGGAGAAGCGCCUUGGUACAAUGUUCUAAAAGCCCGGUAUGGUGAUUUGGUGAUGAAUUCAUUUUGUGGAGGUAUGUCUUCUAAUUUUUCUUCUUCUUCCACUUCUUCUUCUUCUUCUUCUUUUUCAGUGUGGUGGAAAGAUUUGAUUUCCAUAGGCAAUUGUUCGGCGGAAGACCCGAUAGUGUCGAAUUGUAGGUUUGUGGUUGGAAAUGGCUAUAACACUCUGUUUUGGGAAUCUUGUUGGGCGGAUAAUUAUAGUUUAAAGGAGCGUUUUCCGAAGUUGUUUGCGUUAUCUUGUUUGGUAAGGGUUUCGGUGGCUAGUAUGGGAGGUUGGGUUCAUGGAGUGGGGAAGUGGGGGAAUUUAGGUGUGGUCUUGGUUGAAGAUACCGACCCUUCGGUGGUGGCCGAGAAUGGCACGCUCCAUUACUUGUUGGGGGGCCGAAUUGUCCAUACGGAGGGGAGAGAUAAGGUUGAGUGGAGCGGUUCGGAAGGAGGUUCGUUUUCCGUUGCUUCUUGUUAUGAGUUUUUGGCCGGCUUAAACUAUCCUUUUGGUCCUCCGAAUAGACUCGAAGUUGUGAAGGAUUUAAUUUGGAAGGUGCAUGUGCCGUUUAAUAUUAAGGCUUUUGGUUGGAGAAUUUUAAUUAAUAGAUUACCAACCAAGGAUUUAUUGAUGGGAAGGGGUGUUCUUUUGUCAAUAGAGAAUUCUUUGUAUGCUUUUUGUGGUUCUAUUCCGGAAAGUUGUGAUCAUUCUUUUUUCAAGUGUAAAGAGGCGGGUGUGGUUUGGAGAGAGAUAGCGGUUUGGGUUGGAAAACCGAUUGGUGGUAUGGAAGAAGAUUGCUAUCAAAGCUUUAUGGAUUGGUUCCUCUUUUGUAAAAAAAAGAAAGUUAAGGAAGGUAAAUGUGGGGUGUUAUGGUUAGCUAUUGUUUGGAUUUUUUGGAUGUCUAGAAACGACUUUUUUUUCCGCAACGAAGGUUGGGUUGUUGAUAAUACGGUGUGGAAUAUCAAGUCUUUGUUAUGGAAGUGGUCGUUUUUUGGAGAAAUUACGCACCCAAUAUAUAAUUUUUAUGAGUUUACUAAAGACCCUUUGUUUUUUCUCUCAUAGCUAUAUUUGGUAUGUAAUUUCUUUUUGGCGGAUUUUUGUUUUUUUCCGUCCUCUGUGUAAUCAAGUUUGAGAACCCUUAGUUCUCCAAUAUAUUCCAUCUUACUUAUAAAAAAAAAAACAAUAUAUAAUAACUCAGACAUAGAAUAAUGAAAA